CAUCCCUAGUUACUUGAAUCCUGAGUCUCCUUUGGCUUCAAGCUUCUUGAAAAUCAAAACAAGAAUUACUUUGUGAUUUUAGUCCUCUUUCCUCAUGAUGCUCUUAAGAAUGAACAUUUAUUUAGAUGCCAACUUAUGACGAGAACUGCGGAAGGUCUGGUGUGUUUUCAUUAUUUCACUUCACGUCAGCCACCACGGGUAGUAGGAUGCCCAUUCUUGACUGCUCUCCAUUUGGCCUGCGCCUUUGGCCAUCCGGAAGUGGUGACUCUUCUGGCAGAGAAAAAAUGCCAGAUGAAUUUCGGUGACAACAGAAACAGGACAGCUCUAAUGAAGGCCGUGCAGUGCCAGGAAGAGGAGUGUGCAACCAUCCUACUGAAACACGGAGCGGAUCCACAUGUGAAGGACUUCCGUAGCAACACGGCUCUGCACUACGCGGCCAGGGGGCAGAACACCGCGAUAGCUGAACAGCUGCUGCAACACCAGGCAGAUAUGGAAGCAACCAAUGAGUUUGAUUUUACACCACUUUUAGUUGCUGUGCGUAAGAACAGACAGAAAAUGGUGGAAUUUUUACUCGAGAGACAUGCAAACAUACAUGCAGUUGAUAAGUGGAAAAGAACGGCCCUCAUACUUGCUGUAAAGGAUACAUCCUCAAAUACAGUCCGGCUUCUGCUUCAGGAAGGUGUUGAUGUCUUUGCUCGAGAUUGCAUUGGAUGGACUGCAGAAGACCAUGGGUUUAAUAGAGGUUUGAAGGCCAACGCCAUUCUAAUUUCUGAUUUUAAAAAAGAAAGAUGUAAAAAGUCUUCUGACAAUAACAGUCGAGCUCUACAGGAAUCUGCAAAAGAAGAAUCAAUAAAAAGAAAUUUAUCAACAGUAGUGGAUGAGUGUUCUAAAUGUGACCCUGCAAGCAGUCUUACCUGCAAACCUGGCACUAAUGAUUCAAGGUCUGUAUCAGCUGAUGGACUCUUCGAUGUUGAUACCAAGAAAGAAGCAACCAAGCUGGCAAUUGGAAAAAGAGAAAAUCGUGUGGAUAUUAUUGAAAGUGCUCCACAAGACCAAACAAGCAAUGAUAAUUUGACUUGUGUUGAAGGAGCACACCAGAAUAAUAUAAGUGUUAAAAAGUCAUCAUUAGGAUUAGGACAAGAAGAAGAUGUAGAAUCACCUUGGCAUUCUGAGACGAGCAUUGAAGUGAAAGAUCCUGUUCCUAACAAAGCUGUAGGAAUGGACGAUGUGCAAACCCCCAGACCAGGUACACUUUGUAAUACCAAUUUAAUUUUGGGAAGGAAUUUAUCAGCAGGACAACACCUAGGAAUGACAUCAGAGGAAGGACAAGCGAGGCUUGAUGGAAACGAAAAGAACUACACACAUGUUGUACAAGAGGAAAACGACACUCAGAGGCCACUUUUUCGAGAACAGGACAACAGAAUAUUACAUGAUGCAAUCUUGACCAAUUGCCUUCAACAACAAAAGGAGACAGAAAUAAAUCUUAAGAAAAUGAAUUCUGAGGUUUCUGAGAGUUACAAAAAAGAAAAAGACCUGUUGCGUGAAAAUCACAUGUUGCAGGAUGAAAUCGCCAAACUAAGACUGCAAAUGGACACACUCAAAACUCAGAAUCAGGAAAUGGAAAAAAAAUACUUUGUUGAUUUUACACCACUUUUAUCUGCUGUGCAUAAGAAGAGCCAGAAAAUGGUGGAAUUUUUACUCGAGAGACAUGCAAACAUACAUGCAGUUGAUAAGUGGAAAAGAACAGCCCUCAUGAUUGCUGUAAAGGAUAAAUCCUCAAAUACAGUCCGGCCUCUGCUUCAGGCAGGUGCAGACAUCUCUGCUCAAGAUGUCAGGGGAUGGACUGCGAAAGACUAUGCUUCAUCUAGCCGUUUGAAGGCAUCUGCUAAUUCUUCUCAUCUUGGCAGCAUUGGCUCAUAUAACAGGUAUCAUGUGGGUCCCGUGGUACAGUCUCCCCGGUCACCUGAGCCGGGUGCUCCAGAAGCUCGUGUUUCUGAGAGUUACAAAAAAGAAAAAGACCUGUUGCGUGAAAAUCACAUGUUGCAGGAUGAAAUCGCCAAACUAAGAUUGCAAAUGGACACACUCAACACUCAGAAUCAGGAAGUGGAAAAAAAAUACUUUGAGGACACUGCAAAUGCAAAAGAAAAGAAUGACUGUCUUCAAAAGACAAUAAAACUGAAUGAUGAAACACUAACAAAAACAGUAUUUGAAUAUAACAGACAGCUUAAUGUUCCAACAGCUGAGAAUACAAUGCUGAACUCUCAACUGGAGAAUGAAAGACAAAGCAAAGAAAGAUUGAAAACAGAAGCGGAAUCCGAUCAUCAUUAUGAGCUUAGUAAGCAAUUAAUAAGACAUCUACAACAUACUUUCCAGAGAUUAAGAGAUGAAUGCUUGCAUUUCAUGGACAAAAUCGCUAUGUGUAACCUAAAAGAAAAGAAGGAGAUUCUUUCUCAGCAACUUUCUAAAGCUGGAAGUAAAUUCAAUAGCUUAGACACUGAGCUCCCUCACACAAGAUAUGCUGUCAGAGAAAGGACAUUGGUUUUUGAACCUGUAUUGAAAGACCUAAACCAAACUCAGUGUCAAGAGGAGGAAUUUGAACACAUGUAUCAAAGGGAACAAGGAAAAGUGAACACAUAUAUUGGAAAGCUGGAAUCCCUAAAGGAGAAAGGUUCUGACGUACAAAGUGGAAAUAUGCUUCUUCGACAGCAGUUGGAUGAUGCGUUCAACAAAAGUGACAGUAAUGAAAACUCAGGAAUGAAUAUUGAAGAGCAGCUUCAGGAGCUCAAAAAAGUGCUUCAAGCUGAAUGUGAAAAACAAGAGCGUAUGGUGAAAGAGAGACAUAAGGAGUUAGUCAACAAAUUGAAACACUUGAAAGAAAGAAUGUGCCAGUAUGAAAACGAUAAAUCAGAAAGAGAAGUGGUUGGGAGACAACUUCAACAAGAGCUACCUGACUCCAUAAAAAAACUGCCUGUGUCAGAGGCUUCACUGGAGGUUAGAUUACAUUACCGUAUGCGUUCAGAAGCUGAGACGCAGGAUUUCAAGACAUUAGAGCACAUCAGAAGUCAGCUGCAAGAAGCAAGAGCUCGACAUACAGAGGAUGCAAGAUGUUCUGAGAAGAUGGAAGAUCACGUGCAAAAGCUUGAAACUGAAAAUACUGACCUAAAAAUGACAAUUAAAAAGCCAGUGGGCCUAAUCAAACAGCUUCACAGGAACCUGUCAGGUACAAGUUUGUCUGAGGAUGAAAAGGAACAAUUAAAGUACUAUAAGAAGUUAACAGAAUCUCUGCAAUAUAAUUUGAAUCAACAAAAGAAGAAAAAUGAUGGAUUAGAGAAAGAGUUUACCAGACUGAAGACACUCUUUCAGAAUACAAGGAUGCUACAUGACAAUCAAAAUGGAGAGCUUAGUUUCCUUGGAGGUUUAGAACCCAGUCAAUCUGAAAUGGAUAUUCAGAUGAAUAGGUUAAAACAGAAGGAACAAGCAGCAUCUCAAGAAAAUGUAGACCCACUAAAUGACCAUGAUGACGCUUCCAUAAGUGACAUGGAGGUCAGAAUUCAACGUCGGGAAUCUGAACUCCCCAAAGUGAAAACUUCUCGAGAUUCUUUUAAAUAG